AUGGACGUGAUGAUAAUAGAAAGUGCACCUGAACCGUUUUCUAAUCACAAUAAGUCAGAGAGGAGUCAUCAAGUUAUCAGUGAUAAGUUAUCUCUAAAGAAUUGCAAAUUGGAAGAAUCAGAAGACUUGUGCAACGUCGCGUUCCCUGUCUAUAUUAACGAGUAUGGAAGACAUCUGAAUUUUAUUGCAUCCGUUAUUCAAAAUCAACCUUCUAAACAAAGCGCCAUUUUCAUAUUCAUUCGAUCACAAAAUUCAGACUUGAAUCAAACAGGUCUGAUAUUACGUGAUAUAAUUCUGUUGAACGAUGAAUUCAGUUGUGAGGUAGAUGAACCUGAUCAUAUUUAUUUCGAAUCUAUAAAUAAAAGUCAACAUAAUGUAUCAUUAAAGAAUAAUCAUAAUCAUAAUAAUAUAAAUUAUGAUAAAGAAUCUAUUUUCAUUGGUCAUAUAGAUUCAUCAAAACAUUUUAAUGAUAAUCAAAUGAAAGUAAACAAUGGGAAAUCACAAUGUCGUAUAAAUAAUUCUUAUGGAUCAUCACAAUUUACAAGUUUAUUAUUGGAAUUUUUCAAUAUUGAUGAUACAUUAGAAUUUUAUGAAUUGCUUAUUCAAUAUUCUAUAAAACAAUCAAAUUGUUUAUCUGUACCAGAAUUAAAAAUUAUUUCAAAGAAUCAAAUACAUUUCUAUUUAAAUGAUGAUAUAAUAUCAUUAUCUAAUAAUUCACAACAACAAUUUAAUUGGUUAAAUAAAUAUCGAGACAAAGAUUCAUUCGAAUUGGCUCCAAACUUACAGGAUUCUAGCAGUUUACUUGUUUCUGAUUCAAGUAGUAUCAAUGAAAAUAGAUAUGAUUAUUUGAAACCUGUAUCUACAUGUGUUAAAACAAAUAGUUGUCCAAGUUUAGACAAUUCUAAAUUAUCUGCUCAAAGCAAAUAUACUAAAGUAAAGAGAAAAGUGUCUAAACGAAUAGUUAAAAUACGUCGUUGUCAAUCUUCUGUAUCCCCGCCGUCAAUAAAAAAACUGGAGUCAAAGCCUCCAAAACCGAUGAAAAAGAAUUCAUUAGCUGUAUCACAAAACAAUUUGAAUUACUCCUCAGACAGUUUAGCAGAAACAGGUUUGACUUCACCACAUAGUUUUUCCGAUCUGAGUUUCACAAAUGAUUCAUGGAAUAAGUGUAGAUAUACUAAACCAAAGAAUAAUAUUCUAUCGAAUUCAAUUAUUAAUUAUCCUAAAAACAGAAAGAUUAGUAUAUUUAUUGGAACAUGGAAUGUGAAUGGUCGUAAUGGUAGUAAUUUAAAUUUAGAUGACUGGCUUAUACCUCCUGAAGGUCAACCACCAGCUGAUAUGUAUGUUCUUGGAUUACAAGAAUUGGAUUUAAGACUUAAAGUAAUUACUCUCAAUAAGACUAGUUCAUCAGGACCAGAGGAUUUAUGGAUUCAACAAAUAGAAGAAGCGUUAGGUGGUUUAUUGAAACCACCUAGUUCUAAGUGUAAUGUAGUUUGUCAAAAUGAAACUGAAUCAACUAAAAGUUUUGCAGCUCAUUGGUUUCAGUACACCGGCGGAGGCUAUAUACGCAUUAGACGUGUUCGCCUAGCUGGUAUCAUGAUGAUUGUGUAUAUCUCAGCCAAAUUAUCCAUUCAUUUACGUCAUGAUGAAAUCUCUCAACAUAUUGUUCCAACUGGUGUUUUAAAUGUAAUGGGUAAUAAAGGUGGUGUAUGUCUUAGACUAACUAUAUUUAAUACUUCAUUAUGUUUUGUAAAUUGUCAUUUGGCUGCUGGCAAAGAAAAAAUUGAUCGUCGUUAUCAAGAUUUCAAAGAAAUUGUACGUAAAAUGUCAUUAUUAUUCCCCAUAAAUCCAAAGCGUUUUCCAUUUCCUACGAAAAAAUCUUAUUUUUCAAUCCAUGAUUUGGAUUCAGAUAAUGUCAGGAGAUUAAUUCGGCAAAACAAUUACGUCAGUCUACUUAAGAAUGACGAGUUAUCAAAAGAAAUGAACAGUAGAAAGAUAUUUCAAGGUUUUCGAGAACAUAAAAUUACUUUCCCGCCAACAUAUAAAUUCGAUAUUAAUUGUCAGACAUAUGAUUCAAGUGAAAAAUAUCGUAUUCCUGCCUAUUGUGAUCGAAUUAUUUGGUUUGGUCGAGGUUGUACACCAAUUGUUUACAGAUCACAUCCAAAUUAUAUAUGCAGUGACCAUAAACCUAUAUCAGGUUAUUUCUUAGUUGAAAUAUAUUAG